AUGACUGAUAUCCUUAACAUCGAAGGCGAGCCGGUCUUUGACAAUCGUAUCGUCAAGAUCGAGACUCACACGUACAACCCGUACGCCAACACGACGUUUGAGCACAGCGACGAGAUACGAAUACCCAUACAACAGGAUCUGUAUACGUUGCCUGUGGAGAUUGAUCGUAACAGAAAUGUUGGAAUAACUAGUACACUCAAGAACUACGUAACGAUAUCAUCCAAUAAAACCGUGAUUAUGAGGAACGCCGGCUGGGAUGCGCAGACUAACGCGAAUGGAUACUUCAAUUUUUGCGUACCGCUCUACAUGUUAUUGGGAUUUUGCGAGGAUUACAGACGCGUGAUACAAUGGCGAAUGCCACACGUGGUAUUGAACGAGAUCAAUAAGCUGUCGAUGCUGCGCGCCUUGGAAAGCGGACGAUACCUCAGCAUGGGUUUUCGCUCGUGGGAUCUGUACGAAUUUCCGCUAUUGCAGCGUACAACCAAGCAUUCGUGGCCCAUUAAAACCGCGACUCAGCUGGAGAAACCGCGAUACGUUGUCUUCGCCCUGCAGACAGGCCGGAAGAACGUCAUGUCCAAGGAUACGAGUCUGCAAUACUGCAAAUUGAACAACGUAAAACUCUAUCUGAACUCGAAAUGUUAUCCGUACAACGACAUGAAUCUGGAUUUCGAUAAAAACAGAUGGUCGAUUCUGUACGACACGUACCAGCGUUUCUGCAAGAACUAUUACGGAUACGAGUAUCUCGAACCGAGUCUCACCGUCUUGCAGUUUCUACUUUACGGUCCGUUCGUGAUCAUCGAUUGCUCUCGACAAAACGAAUCAGUCAAGAGCGCAACCGUGGAUGUGAGAUUGGAAUUCAAGUGUAAGGAGAACGUACCGCCGAAUACCACUGCGUACUGUCUCAUCAUACACGAUCGCGUGAUUCAGUACAACCCGUUGACCAACGUUGUGCGCAAAAUCACCUAA